AUGGCAACCUACUGUCUGACUGUCGCCCGGCUUCAGCUGGCCCUGGGCCAUGGAGCUCGGCGCCUGCAUGUAUCAGCAGCAUUCAGCGCAAAGGCCAAAGUGUCUAUGAGCCGAUUUGAGCCCAGCUCCUACAUCAACUAUGAGACUCUCCGGUCAAACAUUGAUAUUGUGCGCAAAAGACUCAACCGACCCCUUACCCUGUCAGAGAAGAUUGUGUACGGCCAUCUCGAUGACCCCCACAACCAGGAAAUCGACCGUGGGCGCACCUACUUGCGGCUCCGCCCAGGCCGCGUGGCCAUGCAGGACGCCACGGCCCAGAUGGCCAUGCUCCAGUUUAUCAGCAGUGGCCUACCCAGGGGGGCAGUGCCCUCCACCAUCCACUGUGAUCACCUGAUCGAAGCCCAGACUGGAGGAAAGGACCUUGCCAGGGCAAAGGAUAUCAACCAGGAGGUUUACAACUUCUUGGCCAGUGCAGGUGCAAAAUAUGGAGUGGGUUUCUGGAAGCCAGGCUCUGGAAUUAUCCACCAGAUCAUCUUGGAGAACUACGCGUACCCAGGAGUGAUGCUCAUUGGCACAGACUCCCACACGCCCAACGGCGGCGGCCUUGGCUCCAUCUGUAUCGGCGUGGGAGGAGCCGACGCCGUUGAUGUCAUGGCUGGAAUCCCCUGGGAGCUCAAGUGUCCCAAUGUGAUCGGUGUGAAGCUGACCGGCUCCCUGUCUGGCUGGACCUCGCCCAAGGACGUCAUCCUGAAGGUGGCCGGCAUCCUGACGGUGAAGGGAGGCACUGGAGCCAUUGUGGAGUACCACGGACCUGGUGUCGACUCCAUCUCCUGUACAGGAAUGGCCACCAUUUGCAACAUGGGGGCAGAGAUCGGAGCCACGACGUCGGUGUUCCCCUACAACCACCGCAUGAGGACCUAUCUGGAGAAGACCAGGCGCGGAGAGAUCUCUGCACUGGCUGAUGAGAACGCCGACCUGCUGGUGCCAGAUGACGGCUGUGAGUACGACCAGCUCAUCGAGCUCAACCUGGAUGAGCUGAAGCCUCACAUCAACGGACCCUUCACCCCCGACCUGGCCCACCCCAUAUCUGACAUCGGCGCUGUGGCCGAGAAGAGUGGCUGGCCCCUGGAGGUCAAAGUGGGUCUGAUCGGAAGCUGCACAAACUCCAGUUAUGAAGACAUGGGCCGGGCGGCCUCUCUCGCCAAGCAGGCUCUGGACAAAGGCCUGAAGUGUAAGUCCCAGUUCACCGUCACGCCCGGCUCAGAACAGAUCCGAGCCACCAUCGAGAGAGACGGAUAUUCAAAGAUCCUCAGUGACGUUGGUGGCGUCGUCCUGGCUAACGCAUGUGGCCCCUGCAUCGGACAAUGGGACAGACGGGACGUGAAGAAGGGAGAGAAAAACACCAUCGUCACCUCCUUCAACAGGAACUUCACCGCCAGGAACGACGCGAACCCCGCCACACACGCCUUUGUCACCUCCCCUGAGAUCGUCACGGCCCUGGCCAUCGCCGGCACCCUGAAGUUCAACCCGGAGACGGACUUCCUCACAGCCCCCAACGGCGAGAAGUUCAAGCUGGAUCCACCCAACGGGGACGAGCUGCCGGCCAUGGACUUUGACCCAGGCCAGGACACUUACCAGCACCCGCCGGCUGACGGCAGCAGCCUGAAGGUGGACGUCAGCCCCCAGAGCAACCGCCUGCAGCUGCUGGAGCCCUUCGACCAGUGGCACGGACAGGACCUGGAGGACCUGCAGGUCCUCAUCAAGGUGAAGGGGAAGUGCACCACAGACCACAUCAGCGCUGCCGGGCCCUGGCUGAAGUUCCGUGGUCACCUUGACAACAUCUCCAACAACAUGCUGAUCGGUGCCGUCAACAUGGAAAACGACGCCGUCAACCAGAUCAAGAACCAGCUGACGGGCGACUUCGGAGGCGUGCCUGACGUGGCCCGUCACUAUAAGGCUAACGGGCUGUCCUGGGUUGUGGUCGGAGAUGACAACUACGGCGAGGGCUCCAGCAGAGAGCACGCCGCCCUAGAGCCCCGCCACCUGGGAGGAAGAGCCAUCAUUGUGAAGAGCUUCGCCAGAAUCCACGAGACAAACCUGAAGAAGCAGGGUCUGCUGCCACUGACCUUCAGCAACCCCUCCGACUACGACAAGAUCCACCCUGAUGACAAGAUCUCCAUCAGAGGACUCAAAACCUUUUCCCCUGGCAAGCCUCUGACCGCGGUGCUGAAGCACAGCGACGGCAGCCAGGACACUUUGCAGCUCAACCACACCUUCAACGAGACGCAGAUCGAGUGGUUCCAGGCUGGCUCCGCCCUCAACAGGAUGAAGGCGCUGCAGAAGUGAGGAAGAGGAAGGAGGA